GCAGCAGUUAGUGUGUGUGUAUGUGUGUGUGUGUAUGUAUGUGUGUAUUUUUGUGUGUAUUAGGCAACAAAAGAGACAUUGUAUUGGAUUAUUUUUGAAGGGGAACAACAUUACAGGAGGUAACCGGGUGUCAGGGAGGAAGAGGAAGAGGAAGGACGAGGAUGAUGAUGAUGAUGAUGAUGAUGAUGAUGACAUGUAGUUGAGCCCACACUGAGUGAGGAUCCAGGACAGAGAGAGGUGAAGAUGCCGAGGAGGAAGCAGUCCAACCCGCAGCCCGUCAAAUUGGACUCGGAGGACGGGACGGUGGUGUGUGAUCCUAGCUGCCUGGUCCUGGAUAGCGACUUCCUGCUGAGCGGAGAGCUGGAGUUUGGAGACUCAGAGAUCAUGGGACUGGAUAGAGACACAGGUUUGACCGUCUUCUCUCUGAGCGUUGAGGACGACUCGGCUCCCACAGACUCCACCUUCCCGGCCUUCCUCUCCUGUAAAGGCUGCGGACAACUUCUGGGAGACACACCUCUGGGCGCAGGCUUGGAUCUGGGUGUGGGUCUGGAUUUGGGGGCAGAGCUUUAUUGUCUCAGCUGUGAGGAAGGUCUCCAGCAUGCAGCCUCCAUCGACUCCUCUCAUGAGGACGGAUCAAACCUGGCUGACGGAUCCAUCGGCGGCGGCUCCGGCAGGAAGAGAAGCGCUGUAGGUAAGGAAGGCGAGGGCGAGGGCGACGGUGACGGCGACAUCGCUCCCAAGCCGUUCACCUGCUCUCUUUGCCCCUUCACCUCGCGCUACUCCAACCACCUCAAACGCCACAUGAGGAUCCACGACGGGCAGAAGCCGUACCGCUGCCCCGUCUGCCCCUACGCCUCGGCGCAGCUCGUCAACCUGCAGCGGCACGCGCGCACACACACCGGGGAGAAGCCGUACCGCUGCCACCAGUGCAGCUACGCAUGCAGCUCCCUCGGCAACCUGCGCAGGCACCAGCGCAUGCACACGCAGGAGAGGCCGCAGCGCAGGGAGAAGGAGAAGAGACGAGGGAGGAGGAAAAAGAACAAGCAGACGCUGAAGAGGUUUAAACAAUUCAUGUCUGAUCUGACCCUGCGAGUGUCUCAGGAUUCGGUUACCUCCAGCGUUGGGGGUCUGGGCUCUCCCUCCGCUCCUCUCCCCGUCCUCCUCUUCCCGCUGUGCUGCCGGCUGUGCGGCCUCACGCUGGAGGAGGCCGACCUGGAGGGGGACAAAGCCGAGGAAGAGGGGGAUGGAGAAGCGUCUCAUCCUCAGGUGUGUCGCCGCUGCUCGUACCUCCUGGACAAAGACGGCGCCGGUCCUCCCUGCAGCCCGUCGGCGUCUCGAGGAUCCCGCCGGGGUCGCCGUGGCAACAAACUGUACCACUGCCCUCACUGCCCCUUCCUGUCCCACUACCCCAACCACCUGGCCCGCCACGCACACACACACUCUGAGGAGAAACCCCACCGCUGCCCUCACUGCCCUUACACCUCCUCGCACCUCGACAACCUCAAACGCCACCUGCGGGUGCACGGAGAGAAGCCGUACCAGUGCCCGUCCUGCAGCUACGCCUGCGGGAACCUCGCCAACCUGCGGAGGCACGAGCGCAUCCACUCGGGCUCUAAGCCGUUCCACUGCGGCGUCUGCGGCUACUCCUGCAACCAGAGCAUGAACCUGAAGAGGCACAUGCUGCGGCACACGGGGGAGAAGCCGUAUGCCUGCGCCGAGUGCAGCUACACGACGGGCCACUGGGACAACUACAAGCGGCACCAGAGGAAACACGGACACAACACGGACAGCUGGGACAAACACGCACCCAUCAACGGCCUCAGCUGGGGGAAAGACUCUCAGGAGAGCCAGAGUCAGGGACAGCAGCACAGUUAGAUGAUGCUGUGUGUGUGUGUGUGUGUGUGUGUGUGUGUGUGUGUGUGUGUGUGUGUGUGUGUGUGUGUGUGUGUGUGUGUGUGUGUGUGUGUGUGUGUGUGUGUGUGUGUGUGUGUG